AUGUCCAACUUCCAGCCGCCUCCGCCUCCUCCAGGAUGGGGUCCUCCUCCACCUCCUCCGCCGCCUCCUGGCCCCCCAUCAGAUUUUCUUCCUCCUCCGCCAGGAGCUCCAGCGCCCCCGCCGCCAGGAUAUCGGCCGCCGACUGAUCCUCAUAUCGCCAAGUUUGCUCAGAAGAAGACGGAAUGGCUACGCAUGCAGAAGAACCGCUUCGGCGAGAAGCGCAAGGGCGGAUUCGUGGAAACGCAAAAGGCAGACAUGCCGCCCGAACAUCUGCGCAAGAUUGUCAAGGAUAUCGGUGAUGUUUCGCAAAAGAAGUACACAAGUGACAAACGAAGUUAUCUCGGUGCUUUGAAGUUCAUGCCUCAUGCCGUCUUGAAGCUUCUCGAGAACAUGCCAAUGCCUUGGGAGUCAGCUCGUGAGGUCAAGGUCCUAUACCACGUAAACGGUUGCUUGACGCUUGUCAACGAAAUCCCAAGAGUCAUCGAGCCGGUUUUCCAUGCACAAUGGGCGACGAUGUGGUUGACGAUGCGAAAAGAGAAGAGUGAUCGUCGCUUGUUUAAGCGUAUGAGAUUUCCGCCGUUCGACGAUGAGGAGCCGCCAUUGUCUUGGUCCGAGAACAUCGAGGAUGUUGAACCCCUUGAGCCCAUUCAGAUGGAGCUCGACGAAGACGAGGAUGCUGCAGUCUAUGAAUGGUUUUACGACCAUAGACCUUUGCUCGACACAUCGCAUGUCAAUGGCCCGAGUUACAAGACAUGGAACUUGAACCUUCAACAGAUGGCAGCAUUGCAUCGUCUGAGCAGACCACUGCUAAGUGAAAACUACGAUCCAAACUACUUCUUCUUGUUCGACAUGAAGAGUUUCCUGACAGCCAAAGCGCUGAAUGUUGCUCUUCCAGGUGGCCCCAGAUUCGAACCUCUGUACAAGGACAUAGAUCCAAACGACGAAGACUUUGGCGAGUUCAAUGCAAUUGACAGAAUCAUCUUCAGAAACCCCAUCCGAACAGAGUCACGGGUCGCAUACCCCUAUCUCUAUAACUCACUGCCCCGAAGCGUACACUUCAACUGGUACUCGCAUCCUCAGGUUGUGUAUACCAAGACAGAUGAUCCUAGCCUUCCAGCCUUCCUCUUUGAUCCAUCAAUCAACCCAAUUUCGUCUCGCUCAGUUGCUCCCAAGAAUAUUAGCAUCAGUCAUGAGGACGAGUUGUUCGGCCCUGGCAACAUCGAGGAAGCCGAAGAUGACGCAUUCGAGCUCCCCGCCGGCGUUGAGCCGUUCUUGGCGGACGAGGAGCUGUACAAUGAAGAUACAUCUGCAGCGAUCGGUCUCUGGUGGGCCCCGUUCCCCUUUGACCGGCGAUCCGGUCGCAUGGUUCGUGCUCAAGAUGUGCCUCUUGUGAAACAGUGGUAUCUGGAGCAUUGCCCGCCCAAGCAGCCUGUGAAGGUCAGGGUAUCGUACCAGAAGCUCCUCAAGACCUAUGUCCUGAAUGAGUUGCACACAAAGCCACCAAAGGCUCAAAACAAGCAGAACCUGCUCAAGAGUCUCAAGCAAACAAAAUUCUUCCAACAGACCACCAUUGAUUGGGUCGAAGCAGGUCUUCAGGUUUGCCGGCAAGGUUUCAAUAUGCUGAAUCUACUCAUCCACCGCAAGAACUUGACUUACCUUCACCUUGACUACAAUUUCAACCUCAAGCCGGUCAAGACCCUGACCACCAAGGAGCGAAAGAAGUCGCGUUUCGGUAACGCUUUCCAUCUGAUGCGUGAAAUUCUGCGGUUGACCAAGCUCAUCGUCGAUGCUCAAGUCCAGUACCGUCUUGGCAACAUUGAUGCGUUCCAAUUGGCUGAUGGAAUCUUGUAUGCUUUCAAUCACGUUGGUCAAUUGACUGGUAUGUACCGAUACAAGUACAAGCUGAUGCACCAGAUUCGAUCUUGCAAGGAUCUGAAGCAUCUGAUCUACUACCGCUUCAACAGUGGCCCCGUUGGCAAGGGCCCCGGUUGUGGUUUCUGGGCGCCUGCUUGGAGAGUCUGGCUUUUCUUCAUGCGUGGUAUCAUCCCCCUGUUGGAGAGAUGGCUUGGAAACUUGCUGUCUCGUCAGUUCGAGGGUCGCCACAGCAAGGGAGUCGCCAAGACUGUCACAAAACAGCGUGUCGAGUCACACUUUGAUCUCGAGCUGCGUGCUUCCGUCAUGGCAGACUUGAUGGACAUGAUGCCCGAAGGUAUCAAGCAGAACAAGGUCAACACCAUCUUGCAGCAUCUUUCAGAGGCCUGGAGAUGCUGGAAGAGUAACAUUCCUUGGAAGGUUCCUGGCUUGCCCGCACCGAUUGAGAAUAUCAUUCUCCGUUACGUCAAGUCAAAGGCCGAUUGGUGGGUCUCGGUUGCUCACUACAACCGUGAGAGAAUCAGGAGAGGUGCCACCGUGGACAAGACUGUCGCCAAGAAGAACGUCGGCCGUUUGACCCGACUUUGGUUGAAGGCCGAGCAGGAGAGACAGCACAACUACCUCAAGGAUGGCCCCUACGUGUCGUCCGAAGAGGCUGUUGCCAUCUACACAACCACUGUUCACUGGCUUGAAUCGCGAAAGUUCACUCCCAUCCCGUUCCCGAGUGUCUCUUACAAGCAUGACACCAAGAUAUUGAUCCUUGCUCUGGAAAGGUUGCGCGAAGCAUACUCAGUCAAGGGUCGCCUCAACCAGAACCAGCGUGAAGAGCUUGCUUUGAUCGAACAGGCAUAUGACAGCCCGGGCACGACCUUGGAACGCAUCAAGCGUUUCCUCCUCACCCAGCGCGCCUUCAAGGAAGUCCAGAUUGACAUGAACGACAAUUACAGCACGAUCAACCCUGUCUAUGACAUUGAGCCCAUCGAGAAGAUCAGUGAUGCCUAUCUUGACCAAUAUCUCUGGUACCAAGCGGAUCAGCGUCAUCUGUUCCCGGCUUGGAUCAAGCCGUCGGAUUCCGAGGUACCACCGCUGUUGACAUACAAGUGGGCGCAAGGCAUCAACAAUCUCGACAGAGUCUGGGAAACCGCCGAUGGCGAGUGCAAUGUCAUGAUUGAAACCGAGCUGUCCAAGGUCUAUGAGAAGAUUGACUUGACCCUUCUCAACCGUCUUCUCAGAUUGAUCAUGGAUCACAAUCUUGCAGACUACAUCAGUGCAAAGAACAAUGUUCAGUUGACGUACAAGGACAUGAACCACGUCAACGGCUAUGGUAUGAUCCGUGGUCUCCAGUUCUCGGGUUUUGUCUUCCAGUACUACGGUUUGGUUUUGGAUCUGCUGCUCCUUGGUCUCAACAGAGCAAGUGAAAUCGCUGGUCCGCCAAACAGCCCUAAUGAUUUCCUCCAAUUCCGUGACCACGAAACUGAAACCAAGCACCCUAUCCGCUUGUACACUCGUUACGUCGACAAGAUCUGGGUUUUCCUGAGAUUUACUGCGGAGGAAUCAAGAGACCUCAUCCAGAGGUUCUUGACUGAGCAGCCAGACCCCAACUUUGAGAAUGUCAUUGGCUACAAGAGCAAGAAGUGUUGGCCGCGUGACUCGAGAAUGCGCUUGAUGCGGCACGAUGUCAACCUUGGUAGGGCUGUCUUCUGGGAUCUGAAGAACCGACUUCCUCGAUCGGUCACCACCAUUGAGUGGGAUGACACUUUUGCUAGUGUCUAUAGCAGAGACAACCCGAACCUGUUGUUCUCCAUGUGUGGAUUCGAAGUCCGUAUCUUGCCCAAAAUCAGGAACCAGAACGACGAGUUCCCCAUCAAAGACAGUGUUUGGUCCUUGGUGAACAAUACGACCAAGGAGCGCACCGCGCAUGCCUUCCUACAGGUAACGGAAGAGGACAUCCAAAAGUUCAACAACCGUAUCCGUCAGAUUCUCAUGUCAUCUGGUUCGACCACGUUCACCAAGAUCGCCAACAAGUGGAACACGGCCCUGAUUGCAUUGUUCACCUACUACCGUGAGGCAGCUGUAUCGACAGUAAAUCUUCUCGAUACAAUUGUCAAGUGUGAGACGAAGAUCCAGACACGAGUCAAGAUCGGUCUCAACUCGAAGAUGCCUUCUCGUUUCCCUCCUGCUGUGUUUUACACGCCGAAGGAACUUGGUGGUCUUGGUAUGAUUUCCGGAUCGCACAUCUUGAUUCCUGCCAGCGACAAGCGAUGGUCCAAACAAACCGAUGUUGGCGUCACGCAUUAUCGUGCGGGUAUGACACAUGACGAAGAGACGCUCAUUCCCAAUAUCUUCCGAUACAUUAUCCCCUGGGAGGCAGAGUUUAUUGACUCCCAGCGAGUAUGGACUGAGUACUCCCAAAAGCGACUGGAGGCGAACAACCAGAACCGUCGUUUGACACUUGAAGAUCUGGAGGACAGCUGGGACCGUGGUCUUCCCCGUAUCAACACCUUGUUCCAGAAAGAUCGAAGCACUCUCAGUUUCGACAAGGGAUUCCGUGUCCGCAGUGAAUUCAAGAUCUACCAGCUGAUGAAGAGCAACCCCUUCUGGUGGACAAGUCAGCGACAUGAUGGAAAGUUGUGGAACCUCAAUGCCUACCGAACUGAUGUCAUUCAAGCGCUUGGUGGUGUUGAGACUAUCUUGGAGCACACGCUCUUCAAGGCGACAGGAUUCCCAUCAUGGGAGGGUCUUUUCUGGGAGAAAGCGAGCGGUUUCGAAGAAUCGAUGAAGUUCAAGAAAUUGACCAAUGCCCAGAGAUCCGGUCUCAACCAGAUCCCCAAUCGUCGUUUCACACUUUGGUGGUCGCCUACAAUCAACAGAGCCAACGUCUAUGUCGGUUUCCAGGUCCAGCUUGAUCUGACAGGUAUCUUCUUGCACGGCAAGAUCCCCACACUGAAGAUCUCUCUAAUUCAAAUCUUCCGUGCCCAUUUGUGGCAAAAGAUACAUGAGAGUAUCGUGAUGGAUCUGUGCCAAGUAUUCGAUCAGGAGCUCGAGUCCCUUGGUAUUGAAACAGUGCAGAAGGAGACGAUCCACCCGCGUAAGUCGUACAAGAUGAACAGUUCUUGCGCCGACAUCUUGCUCUUUGCGAGCAACAAGUGGAACGUCACGAGACCUUCGCUGCUUUACGACACCAAGGAUGUCAUUGAGCCAACUACGACCAACAAGUUCUGGGUCGAUGUGCAACUGCGAUACGGUGACUACGAUUCCCACGACAUUGAGCGUUAUACGCGUGCCAAGUACCUCGACUAUACCAACGACAGCAUGAGUAUCUACCCCUCCCCCACAGGUCUGAUGAUUGGUAUCGAUCUCGCAUACAACCUCUACUCUGCCUACGGUCAAUACUUCCCAGGUCUCAAGGUGCUUGUGCAACAGGCAAUGGCCAAGAUCAUGAAGGCAAACCCUGCCUUGUACGUUCUUCGCGAGCGUAUUCGAAAGGGUCUGCAACUGUAUGCUUCUGAAAGCAACCAAGAGUUCCUGAACUCGCAGAACUACUCGGAGCUCUUCAGCAACCAGACCAAACUCUUCAUUGAUGACACCAAUGUAUACCGUGUCACCAUCCACAAGACCUUUGAAGGUAACUUGACGACCAAGCCCAUCAACGGUGCCAUCUUCAUAUUCAAUCCCCGAACAGGACAGCUGUUCCUGAAGAUCAUCCACACCAGUGUCUGGGCGGGUCAGAAGCGUCUCGGUCAAUUAGCCAAGUGGAAGACUGCCGAAGAAGUUGCAGCGCUGAUUCGAUCUCUACCGGUCGAAGAACAACCGAAGGAGCUCAUCGUCACCCGAAAGGGUCUUUUGGAUCCUCUGGAAGUGCAUCUGCUCGAUUUCCCCAACAUCUCUAUUCGUGCUUCCGAGCUGCAGCUUCCCUUCCAGGCAGCCAUGAAGGUUGAGAAGCUUGGUGAUAUGAUUCUCCGAGCAACUGAGCCACAGAUGGUGUUGUUCAAUCUGUACGAUGAGUGGCUGAAGAGUAUAUCCUCUUACACGGCUUUCUCACGUUUGGUGCUGAUUCUGCGUGCACUACAUGUCAACCCAGAUAAGACCAAGCUCAUUCUCCGGCCGGACAAGACUGUGAUCACACAAGAUCACCACAUUUGGCCUACCCUAUCUGACGAGGAUUGGAUCAAGGUGGAGACGCAGCUGCGUGAUUUGAUCUUGCAUGACUACGGCAAAAAGAAUAAUGUCAACGUUUCCAGUUUGACGAGUAGCGAAGUCCGAGAUAUCAUUCUUGGUAUGGAAAUCUCGGCACCAUCGCUCCAAAGACAGCAAGCUGCAGAGAUCGAGCAGCAGCAGCAGGAGCAACAGCAGCUUACUGCCGUCACUACAAAGACGCAAAAUGUCCGCGGUGAAGAGAUUAUUGUGACCACAACGUCUCAAUUUGAGCAGCAAACUUUCGCCUCAAAGACGGAAUGGCGCACUCGCGCGAUUGCGACGUCCAACUUGCGUACCCGCUCCAACAACCUCUACGUCUCUCCCGUCGAUAGUGACAAUGAUGAUAUCACGUAUAUCAUGCCAAGCAACAUUUUGAAGAAGUUCAUUACUAUUGCCGAUCUGAGAGUACAGGUUGCGGGUUACCUCUACGGUUCGUCGGCCCCUGACACAGAUGACAAGGUCAAGGAGAUUCGCUGUAUUGUCAUGGUGCCACAGGUUGGUGGAUUGCGCAAUGUUACAUUGCCCCAGCAGCUGCCGUCGCACGAGUACCUGAACAACAUGGAGCCAUUGGGUGUUAUUCACACCAUUGCUGGCAAUGAGCUUCCUUACAUGUCUGCUGCUGAUGUCACCGAGCACGCGCGCUUGCUUGAUCAAAACCCCUCCAUCAGCAAGACGGCUUCCAUCACAGUCGACGUGUUCUUUACUCCUGGAUCAGUCUCUCUUUCUGCCUGGAGUCUGACACCCGACGGCUUUGCUUGGGGUGCUGAGAACAAGGAUCUCGGUAGCGACCAGCCACAAGGUUUUGUCACAACCAUGGGUGUAAAGAAGCAGCUUCUGCUCAGCCCCAAGUACAAGGGCUUCUUCUUGGUCCCCGAGAAUGGCAAGUGGAACUACAGCUUCAUGGGUGCAGGAUUUGAUGCACUGCUGAAGAAGAAGGUUGAUGUCAAGCUCGAUACUCCGCUGGCCUUUUAUGCGGAUGUACAUCGCCCAUUGCAUUUCCAGAACUUUGCUGAGCUGGAAGAAGUCGGAGUUGAUCGGGAGGAUCAGUUUGCCUAA